ACGGUGAAUCGCGUCAAAUACCUCCCGUUCUACCCGACGAGGCUCUUAGAAACCCUUAAAAGUGCCGAUAAAGUGACGCCAAUGACACACCGCUAUCAUCCAGCCCUUCGGUGAAAGUUUCGAAAAAACUCGCGACUACCCGCAACCCUGAGGACGUCCUCGAAGACCGAAACCCGCCGACGAUUCGCGUAACGUCCAUAACGGAAAAAAAAUCGUCGGCUCUUAAUCGUUCUAUAAUCUAGGUGCUGCCAAUAUUACAUAAAGUUGUUCUUGAAAGGCGUCCAAAAUCUGUUUAUCGAAGCGAACUUGUGAUCGGGCAUAGACGUGCGUUAGAAACCCUAAAGUUUCGCGGAAAAUAUGAUUCUCUGUGUCUGUUACCUGUGAAAUUUUCGAAGGCGUCUCGUUGUUUUUCGUUUUUCGUUCGCGACGCGAUGUGCAGUUGUUUGAAGAGCGUGCCUCCGAUAAGGAUACCGAUAGGUUUGCACAACCAAUCAGAGACUUACAACUGGAAGGGACCUGAACUGAUAAGGGUAUCCAGAUUUUUCAAAGACGCCAAAGAUGGUAAAUUCGUCAGCUAUAUGUAUCCGGAUGCCAGGACGCUGUACGAAUCCUUCAGAAGAGGAGCAAAAGAAUCGAAUAAUGGCCCCUGUUUAGGUUGGAGAGACUCCUACAACAGGCCGUACCAGUGGAUGACCUACAACGAAGCCCUCCUACGAGCCAAGAACUUCGGUUCGGGUCUAGUUAGCCUCGGAUUAGCCCCAAACCCCCAAACUAUAGUAGGAAUAUAUUCAGUCAAUUGUCCGGAAUGGAUACUCACCGAACAGGCUGUGUAUUGCUACAGUAUGGUCCUCGUGCCGCUAUACGAUACUCUAGGUCCAGACGCAUGUGCCUUCAUUAUUAAGCAAGUCGAAAUGUCAGUUCUCAUAUGCGAGGACGACCACAAAUGCAACGCCAUUUUGGACAGAUCGCCGCGUUGUUUGAAAACGAUGAUUGUGUGUAGGGACGUAAGGCCGGCCACGAAAACCAGGGCGAAAAAUAGGGGCAUAGAAAUAAUCAAGUUCACGGAUAUUGAAGCGAGAGGUGCCAAAACAGACAAUCCUUUAGUUCCUCCUUUACCUACUGAUCUCUGUACGAUCUGUUAUACCAGUGGUACCACCGGUAACCCCAAAGGGGUUAUGUUAACCCACGAAAACGUCAUAGCCUCCGUGAGUGCUGUCCUUAUGCAGAUGGGCGAAUACAAACCCAAGAGCUCAGACUCCAUGAUAUCAUUCUUGCCUUUAGCCCACAUGCUCGAGAGAUGUUGCGAGAACGCCAUGUAUAUGAUGGGCGGUUCGGUAGGAUUUUACAUGGGAGACAUAAGAAGAUUGUCAGACGACAUGAAAGCACUGAAACCUACAGUUACACCCGCAGUUCCUAGGCUCCUCAACAGGAUAUACGAUAAAGUGAUGGCCGACGUUAAUGGAAGCGUUGUCAAAAAGUUCAUUUUCAACAUGGCUCUCAGCGCAAAAGAAGGAGAACUGAAAAGGAGCAUAGUGAGAACCAACAGUUUUUGGGACAUGCUCGUGUUCAAGAAGGUCCAAGAAGGCAUGGGCGGCAAUAUAAGACUGAUGCUUGUGGGCUCCGCGCCUCUGGCAGAAAACGUACUGACCUUCAUCCGUUGCGCCCUUGGCUGCGUGGUGGUGGAAGGCUACGGUCAAACCGAAUGCUGCGCCCCCAUCACGCUAUCCAUACAGGGCGAUCACACGCCCGGCCACGUCGGACCGCCAGUGGCGUGCUGUUGCGUGAAGCUGGUCGACGUUCCGGAAAUGGAAUAUUGGGCCAAGAACAACCAGGGAGAGGUUUGCGUGAAGGGAACCAACGUUUUCAAAGGUUACUACAAGGACGCGGAGAAGACUGCUGAAACCAUCGAUGGACAGGGUUGGCACCAUACGGGUGACGUGGGCAUGUGGCAACAGAACGGGACAUUGAAGAUCAUCGACAGGAAGAAGCACAUAUUCAAACUGUCCCAAGGAGAGUACAUCGUCCCCGAAAAAAUUGAAAACGUUUACAUCCGAUCGCAAUACGUUCAACAAGUUUUCGUACAUGGGGAAUCUUUGAAGUCCUGUAUCGUUGCUAUUGUCGUACCUGAUGUAGAUGUUGUCAAGUGUUGGGCUCAGGAAAACUCAAUACCCGGUACUUUGAGCGUACUGUGUAAUAAUCCCGAGGUUAAACAGCUCAUCUUCGACGACAUGGUAGUUUGGGGAAAAGAUGCUGGUUUGAAAUCUUUCGAACAGGUAAAAGACAUCUACCUCCAUCCCGACCCCUUCAGUGUCCAGAAUGGCCUUCUCACUCCCACCAUGAAGGCUAAAAGACCGCAACUGAAGGCUUAUUUCAAACCGCAACUCGAAGACAUGUACGCGAAACUCACUUAAGAUUCAUCAAAUGGGGACAACUAGUAUUUACUUAUUUUAGCUUUAAGUAUAUACAUCUUGUAAAUUUUAAAAUGGAGAAUCCGUUUCAAAUUCUCCCCUUAUACUGAAUAAGAGAACUCUCACAGAAUACAAAAUGACGUAUUUAGAUAAAUUCAAUUUAUUCACUCAAAAAUUUAGUGCUAAAUUCGAUCGAAAUUCUCGAGAAUACAGUAUUAAACACGAAUAUAUUCGAGAGGAUUCACAAAUUUUGUAAUUAUAGGUUAAAUAAAUUACAUAUUGACAUCUGUCAAAACCUGUCAUGAUCCAGAAAAACUGUGAUAGGUGAGUGAAUCGAAUCACGCUGUAUAACCGGAUUUUUGGGAAAUCUGUGGAUUUGAUACUAUCAGGGACGUACUACGUACUUCUGACCGACUUUGAAAUGUUGUUAAUACAAUUUCAAAGUCUCUCUGAAUUAUUUAUUAGAAUGAUUUAAGUAAUGCAAUACGUAAUGUGGCCUUAAUCGAUAUCUAUUUCUGUAAUAUACUUUAAAGUUUUAUCAACGUGUUUUUUAUUUGUUAACUUAUUAGUUUCUUUAGCUGUACAUUGAAAUUUGAACACAAUUCUUGCCUGUUUCAGUAAGAUUAUGCUUGUGUUGUUCAAUUCUUGCCCUUCUUUGUUGAAGUUUAUAUAAUGCAAUAGUACUGUAAUUUAGUGAUGAUUAUUUAUUAAAGUUAUUUACUAUA